AUGGCCUGCGCCUCCAAGCAGACUCGGAUCAAGGAGGUGAGCGAGAAACCCAAAAAAGAGAAACCUGUGAAAGAGCCCAAACCAGCCAAGGAGCCCAAACCAGCAAAGGAACCCAAAGAACCCAAACCACCCAAAGAAGAAAAACCCAAAAAGGAAAAGUCCAAGGAUAAGGAAAAGAAAGAAAAGAAAAACAAGACCAAAGAUGGAGAACAAGCUCCGCCAGCUGAGGAACCUCCUAAGGAUGUCCCGCUUAUUGAAGAACCCAAGUCUGUGACGAGCGAGAAAAUGGCGCCGCUCGACGAAUCACUCGAACGCUAUUAG